CGUACAUUGUACUGUCUGCCCCAUUCGACUGUCACAGAUAUGGCGUUACGGGAGUUAUCAUCGCUGGAGAAAUAUUUAGGACUUAAAAAGCCGAACAAGUACAGUACUCAAGGAGAAAAGAAGGUACCUGUGUUACAGAAUAAUAAUGGCCCCCCACUGGUGGGGCUGGUGACAAUUGCGUGUUACCUGGUGAAAGAGGCCAAGCGCCCAGAGCUGUUGGGUGACACUGCAGAGAGCAGGGCUGUGGUGCAGCAGUGGCUGGAGUACAGGGUCACCAAGCUUAAUGGCUGCACAAAGGAUGAUAUCAGGACCAUCCUUAAGGACCUCAACCUCUACCUGCAAGACAAGGCUUACCUAGCCGAAAACCAGCUCACAUUAUCCGAUAUUCUCGUCUACUAUGGAAUUCAACCUCUAAUAGUGGACUUAGCCAUCCAGGAGAAGGAACAGUAUGUGAAUGUGACGCGGUGGUUCGACCACAUCCAGCAUUACCCUGGUGUCCGACGCCACCUCUCUCCAGUAGUUGUGCUCAGGAACAGAAUUUAUAGCACUAGGCAUCACUGAGACUUGAUCAGACCCAACCCAGGCUGACCCAGCCCGUCGCAACUCUGUCCUUUUGACCGGUCCCUGGCAAAUUAUUUUCUAAAAUGCAAGAGUGUAUUCCAUCAUUGUUACAAGUUGAGGAUGUUUCCCCAGUUAUUUCUAGCUGUCUUUUUUUUUUUUUUUUUUUUUUAGUUUUUUGGGUCAUGAUUCCUGCCUUUAUGUCUUUUUCUUGUGAUAUUUCUGAACUCUGUUAGCUCUUUUAAAACGUAUUUAUCCAGGGAGGUCUGUUUGAGGUACAGAAAUUCUAUUAAGGGAAUACUUGGUAAUAAAAAUGUAGCUUGGUUCAUAAUCUUACAAAAAAUGUCAGUGUUUUUAAUAAUUUGGGAGUGGAAUAAGUUGGGAGUAGAAGCAAGAAGAAUCUCUUAACCAAUUAUUUAAUCAUGCUAACACUAUUUAUAAGAACUUUGUUGUCCUCGGUAGUGAGGGAGCAAUGAUGUGACACAGUUGGUGUUUUUUGUUGGCAAAUUUUGCGGGACUUUGGAACCCUACAGUUCUAUGUUUGUUUUCUAAGGGAAGGCUGUACAUUUCACAGUGAAGUGAAAAGCAAAUACUAUUAGCAGGUAAAUCUUGUGCAUCUGAGCACUGAGAAUGCAAUUAGAAGUAUUACAGGUUCCAAGAAGACUUUAACUAGUUGUGCAUCAUGUCCUUAGGAAAAGCAUCUUCCUUCAUCUUACUUCAACAGUUUGUCCGAAUAAAUGUGGUGGUUGGUUCAAUACCAUAACCCCAUAAUGACCACAGCAAGUACUGAGUCCACAAUUCUCUGCCAUCUCUCUGCCCUGAUGAAUCUAAUCAGUCACCCUAUCAGGACUGUGGUGUUUUUAUUUUUUGUUAGGAUUUUAUGUCUGUCACAACUCCAACUCACAGCCAUUUCUCUGGACAGUUUAGUUUCUCUUUUUGUGUGUGUGUGUGUUCCUGAUUACAUACCGCUCUCUGUACCACAUCCUCACCAGCUGUGUGGGCAGUAGUGAGCAGUUGAGCAUCAGCCGCAGAGUCAGAGAUCAGAGUGAGGUUCCAAUCAGUCCCACUACCACCACUGUUGAUGCUGCAGGCCAGAGAGAGGGCAGCGGGCUCACCAGCUGCCACACAGAUCCAGCCAGCCAAGGCCAGAACCCAGGCCCCUGGGCGACAGUCAGCCACUGUGUGUCAUUUCAACCCUUACGCUCCCAUGGGGCUACUGGAGAGAGAGGGAGGGAGGCCACACAGAGAGAAAAAGAGCACCCAGAGGCCGAGGGAUCUUUUGGUGACAUGUGAACAAUGAUCCGUGGCUCCGAAAGCCUUACUGUUGCUGGCUCAGUGUUUGCUGUUAGCAUCAUUAACAGGUCAAGUUACGGCAGGAGAAUCUGUAAAGUAAUGUGAAGGUAGUUAGACAAAGGAAAAAGAGUUCUGAUUAGAGAAAUAACUCUUAUUGGAAUCUUAGUUCCAUUGCUUUUGCAGAUAAAUCAAACUUUUACAAGAAACAUACUGACUAAAAUCAUUGAGCACAAAAAUUGACAUUGCUAGUCUAAGGAUAUUUCUUGGCGGGUUUUGUUUUUGCGUCAGUGUUUGUUAUUCUUUACUGUCUUCCUCUUUUUAAGUGCUCCCACUUCAGCCAGGCUCUACAUAUCGCUGCGUCUGUUUCUUACAGCAGCAGUGAUUUCAUUAUCUGUUGUAUGAUGUUCAUCCUGUGCCAGUAAAUCAAAGGGAUAUGCAACUCAUGACCCCUGAUUUUUCGCAUCUCUUUCAGUUUACUUUUUGUAUUCUCCAAGAAUUUGGUUUGUGUAUAAACCAGCCAGAAGACAGAGUUAUUGUUCAAUGAACUUCCGUAAGACAGCUCGCUUGUGUGUUUGUGGCAAGUGUUAAGAAGAAGAUGUGAAAGAUAAAAACAGCUUGGAGUCAACUGAGAGAGGCUUGUGACUAGUUGGAACAGUAUAUGGUGUGGUCUAUCAUUAAAGAAGCCCUUGUCCUCUUGAUUAUGUAAACAUUCAGU